AUGGAGUGGAUAUCUGUUGUUUUUCUCACAUUCUUCUUCUCGGCGUGUUUUUACGCAACAUGGAACGUUACCGGUCGCAACGCAGAUAGUCGUCUUACCGAGGUUCCAUGUUCAUGGACUAUCAAGGCUGUUUACACUUGGUUUGAGUCGAUGGCGAAGAAUCUCGACACGAACAGGACAUGGGAGACGACGGCCAAUGGGGCACGAUCGAGUGUGGGCGGUCCAAGAAGGCUACUGGGUGGGCCGGGAUCAUCACCGCCGAGGUGCAACUCGAAAUGCGGGAGGUGCAAGCCGUGCAAAGCGGUCCAUGUGCCGGUGCCACCCGGUAACCCGGUCACCGCUGAGUACUACCCUGAAGCUUGGAGGUGCAAGUGUGGGAACAAGCUGUACAUGCCCUAA